GAAGGUUAACCCUCGUAGUUGUCAUCAGAAUCCUUAGAAACGACAACACGUCACUUCCUUUUAAAGUGGGAACGUGACACACUGACCUACUGCGUAAAGAAGGAGGCUGGGAAUAUAUGUUGUUUGAUUGUAUUUCCUGUUGUCUGACAAAUGUAUUUUAUUUAUUUUGCUAUUGUUUAGUUAUAUUUAGUAACUGUCACACGUGACCUUAAUGUUGAGUACCCUGAAAUUGCCUGAAAUAUAUACGGUUUCUGAUUAAAACUGUGUACUUUUGCACACUCGAACACUUUCCCGGAAAUGUUUUAUCUAUAUGUGAUAACUGUACAUCAUACAUUGUCCAGGUGAAAACAUAGAUAAGUUAAACUGCACGUGAACCUUUGGCCCAGAUCACUGCAGGUGUGUUCAAAUAAUCGCCCAGUAUUGUUUGUCAUCAACUAUGAAAUGCAAAAAUAUUGAUAAGUUUAUGAAAUGGUAUACAUGUUUUGGAAAAUACCUGAUAUCGUUAUAACGAGUAGUGACCGGAAGAUGUUAUUGUAAAAUGUUUAUAGUACAUGUAUUUCAAAUUCAGUUUGUAUGGGUAAAUCACUGGAGACAUGUAGCUGUCCAAGGACUGUCUUUCAUAUUUAUAUCUUGCACAUUGCAUGUAAUUUCUAUUCUAAAUCCUGCUUUAUCAGAAUCAUCUUUUGUAUAUAUAAUAUGUGAAAGCAGUGAGACUGCACAAAUUUGUGUCUAAAUGCGUCAAAGCAUGACUGAAAAUAGUAUUACCAACUGCCAUGUAAUUAAGGUCCUAUAGAUAUACACUUAAUAUUCUGUUUGAAAUUCCCCAUAACAUUUUGUCGUUAACAUAAAUUGGCCGAUUACAUUAAUUGGCACAAAUCUGUGAUGUCCUAGUCAAGCAAGUCUUUUUUCCGUCGGUGUCGGAAUGCAGAUAAGGACUUGAUUUUAACCUAGCUGACGAGAGCGCGUCCAUCUUGCCGCAAGAUAAGGCGAGUCCCACUGAAAUUAACUAACCGCCUACCCAGGUCAGAGUUCUGAGUAAACACUAGUAGAUGGUCAACUAAACCCCCCUUUGGAUUAUAGACCGGACCUCGACAGCGGAAAGAGAGGGAACUAAAUAUGGUGGAAGGCAUACUUGGAGCAGUCCCCUCCAUCUCCAAACUCAGGGGGACAAACAACGAUGACUGGAUCGACCGCCUCAAUCAUCGCUACACCGUCCUCCUCCUCGUCAUCUUCGCUGUCGUCGUCAGCACGGGCCAGUUCGUGGGAGAACCAAUACAAUGCUGGUGCCCGGCCGAGUUUACGGACGCUUACGAAGCCUACACGACGUACAUCUGCUGGAUCUCCAAUACUUACUACAUACCGAUGGAAGAAACCAUUCCUAUAGACAUCCGCCAGAGACAGGAUGCGGAAAUUACGUACUACCAGUGGGUGCCAAUUAUUCUCUUGUUCCAGGCACUAUUAUUCAAGAUCCCGAACCUUUUCUGGCGAUUUACUCAUAGCGCCUCGGGAGUAAACUUGGACAAGAUCGUGGCCAUGUCUGAGGAGACUCAGCUCGGUUCCCCCGAGGACAGGGCCGAGGCGAUCAAGAACCUCGCCAUGUACCUGGACAAGUGGCUGGACACCUAUCAGGAAUACAAAAACAACAUUUUCGUUCGCGCUAAGAAGAAGGCGCAGACGUUCUGCUUCUUCAUGUGCGAUCGUCGGGGAGGGACCUACCUCGUGGGGCUUUUCAUCACCAUCAAGAUUCUGUACAUGGCGAAUGUCAUCGGUCAGUUCUUCCUCCUUAAUGCCUUCAUGGCCACCAAGUACAACCUUUACGGUUUCGAGGUGAUCAAGAGUUUGAUCGAAAACGAACCAAUGAUGGAGUCCCCCCGCUUUCCCAGGGUCACCCUGUGUGACUUCCAGAUCCGUCAACUACAGAAUCUUCAGCGAUGGACCGUGCAGUGUGUGCUUCCGGUGAACCUAUUCAACGAAAAAAUCUUCAUUUUCCUUUGGUUCUGGUACUGUUUGAUAGCUUUUCUAACAGCCGUGAAUUUGGUCAAGUGGGUUUUCUAUCAACUGUAUCAAAACAACAAAGUGCAAUAUGUCAAAAAGUACUUGAAAACAAGCAAUGAGAUCAAUUCAGGGUUUGACAAGAAGUUGUGCGCUAAAUUCUCCAGGGACUAUUUGAGAAACGACGGAAUCUUUCUCAUGUACGUGAUUUCCAAGAACUCCACAAAUCUGGUUGUGGCCGAUUUAAUCAAAGAACUCUGGAAAAUCUUCAAAAACAAGCACAAGCCUCAUUCUAAUAACGUGGAAGAUGAGCCGAUGAUGAACAGUGAGAAAGAGCCUCUGAGUGGAAGCCAUUUAUUGAACAGUUCUGCGUAGACUUUGUGCUAGACUGAAACGCGGACACCGCGCGGUCACGCUCCACGCUUCCACAGUUGACCGGAAGUUAGGCAGUGGUUACAGUUAAUUUAAUCGAGUUGACAAGUCGUCCCUUUUUGGGGACGUGAUUCCAGAAUUUGAACACAACAAAAUAUUUUACAUCUGAGCAGGACAGAACUUGGUAUUUUAGGUGCUAUGUUAUUUCCGGUUGAUGACGUCUCGUCUAUGGCCACUAGAGCAUUAAUCACUUGACCGUCAUUGAAGGGUUAUGUGACUAUGCAACAAACACUUCAUUCAGUUAGUGGAUGACUUUGUACUUAUGUACCGUUAUACUAAGUGUUUUGCGUUUUGGGUUUUUUUGUACUUUUAUAAACAAUUUUUGCCCGAUACUUCAUUUGUUGGCAUGAUCUGAAUGAUGCUGUGAUUAACCAUUUACAUGUAGUUGUACGGGAACGAUGGUGCUACUCAUUCCGUUUGAAGCCAUGAUCAUCUAUUGUUAAUAUGUGAAUUUAUUUUUCGGGUUGUUAUCAAGGAAUGUUGAUGUGUGUUAUUAACAGUUUAACAACGAAUGUGAAACUAAUGGGUUUUUAUUUUUUUUUACCCUAACAAAGCAAGUUUUUAUACAACCCUUUUCAUGUUUUGAAUUCCUUCUUCCAUCCCUUUUUAUAUUUUUCAAAAAUGAAUGUUUUUCACUGUUCUUAGACAUCUGACUUGUUUUUGUGUUUUAGGUAUAUUUUACCUUUUUAACAAACCUGUUUAUUUUUGUACAAUUUGUGAGAUAAUUUUGUCAUGCCAUAAAGUCAAAAACUGUUA